UCAGGAGUGUGUGUAUGAUACAAAGAUUUAGAACAUGUGUUGGAGGCUAAAUUAUAUAUAAUACACGAUCCGGACAUGCUGCUUUUAUCCUUUUGGCUGAUCCUUGAAACAGACAAAAUUGAGUGGGUCACCAGGAAACUGCCUGGCAUCCCAUUCCCAUUGGCCAUUACCAUAUGUAAUUUUGAUUAUAAAGCAACUCCGAUUGGAACAUCCAACAGCAGUCCCUUUCUUUUCUUCAUACAGUAUUUAAUGCGUUAUGUAUAUUGUAAUUGUAUACGUGAAACAUGUGCUCUUUCUUUGAAUUUAUGUACUGCUUCCCAGUUCCCACUCAAGGUGUUUUAAUCUAAUAUGUUUCCAUUUCCAAACCCAACAAACAACUUCAAAUAAUAUCAUUUCAGUUAUGGCACUGACACUGACAAGAAUAGCUUCUGCAUUUGGCUACUUCUCUACAAUUCCUCGUCUCCUGUUCACCAACGCAGGUUCCCAACAAUUACCGGCGAUGUCUCUCUGCCGUUUUUACAUUUUCCAACCUUUCUCCGCCGGCUCUGCUUCACCCGAGGAUGGUGCUGGAGAAAAUUAUAGCGAGUUUCAAAGAUGGCAUAAUGGUGGAGGUACUUUUCACAAGUCUGCCCAAAUUGAUCCGUCAGCAAGUGUAGACAUUGGCGCCGUCGUUCAUUCGAAAGCUGUUGUUGGUGCACACGUUCAUAUUGGAUCAGGGGCUAUUAUUGGACCUUCAGUUACCAUUGGUCAGUCAACAAAGAUAGGGUACAAUGUUGCACUUUCUAAUUGCACUGUAGGUGAUUUGUGCGUGAUCCACAAUGGAGUGUGCAUUGGGCAAGAUGGCUUUGGGUUUCUUGUAGAUGAACAUGGAAAUAUGUUAAAGAAACCUCAAAUGCUAAAUGCUAGGAUAGGUAGCAACGUGGAGAUUGGUGCUAACUCAUGCAUUGACAGAGGCAGCUGGAGAGAUACGGUUGUAGGAGAUCACUCAAAGAUAGAUAAUUUAGUUCAGAUAGCUCACAAUGUAGUUAUUGGAAAAUGCUGCAUGCUGUGUGGCCAAGUUGGAAUUGCGGGUUCUGUAACAGUUGGAGACUACGUGACCAUGGGGGGAAGAGUCUUAGUUCGAGAUCAUGUCUCUAUUGCUUCAAAGGUCCGUUUGGCAGGUGCAAGCUGUGUUACUAAGCACAUUACAGAACCUGGGGACUAUGGUGGCUUUCCAGCGGUUCCUAUUCAUGAAUGGCGAAGACAAGUUAUUAUGCACCGUCUAGCAGUGAAGAAAAAAAACCCAUAAGCAAACUUUGGUAGGAACUUUUUAGUUUUUAUCUUCCAUUUGUUUGCAUGAAGAAAAUUUCUCUAAUUACAAUGUUUGUGUAAAAGCUUUGGAAGCAUAUUUAUAACUAUACCUUAUAGCUCAUCACUAAAAAAGAAAAUACAGGUGACCAGCAUAUCCAAUUUUGGUGUGGAAAUACAUUGUUAUUUUUUUUAAUAUAUUGGGAAUUGGAAUCUCCUA